AUGUUGUAUGCUGAUGCGAUAUAUCGAUCAGGCGCAGCUUUGGAAAACUGCUGGGGGUUUAUUGAUGGAACAGUGCGGCCAGUGUGUAGGCCAGGAGAAAACCAGAGAGCCAUUUAUAAUGGCCAUAAAAGAGUACAUUCCGUAAAAUUCCAAUCAGUAGCGUUACCUAAUGGGCUGGUUGGUCAUUUAUAUGGUCCAGUAGAAGGAAAACGUGACGACAGUGGUAUGCUGGCCUCGUCUGGACUUUUACAAGACCUGCAAAGAUUUUCUAACUCACCAGUUACUGGUUUACCUAUGUGUGUGCAUGGCGACCCUGCAUACCCUCUUAGAGCACACUUACAGGGACCUUACAAGGGAGCAGUGUUGACACUACAUCAACAAGAAUUCAACAAAUCUAUGAGCAGUGCUCGUGUUUCAGUUGAAUGGGUCUUUAAUGAUAUAAUCAACUGUUUCAAAUUUUUGGAUUUUAAAAAGAACCUUAAAGUUGGUUUAAGUGCUGUGGGUAAAAUGUACAUAGUUUGUGCCUUGAUGCAAAACGCCCACACUAUUUUAUAUGGUUCUGUUACCUCAGAGUACUUUGGUAUCAAUCCACCAGCUUUAAAUGAUUAUUUUAUUUAA